GGAGAUGUUUGCGUUUGUGUUUGUGGAGAUUCACUGAAGCCGGUGAAUAUGAGAGUGGGACGAUACCGGACACAUUUACUGACGGUCCGGUAGAGUUUAAGAGCCAGAGGCGGGCCGUUUUUCACUGAGUUGAGUUAAGAGACAGUAAAAGGUGGAAAAUGGGGAAAAAAGGCGCAAACCGUACCGUGCAGGUUGAGAGCGAGUAUGAGCCCAUCGGAGAAGAGAGCACACCGCUGUUAGCGCAGGAUGUUCAAGUUAGAGGCGCGUCCUUUGCCUCGUCUGCCUUUAAUCUGAUGAAUGCCAUCAUGGGCAGUGGCAUCCUGGGACUUUCAUAUGCCAUGGCAAAUACUGGCAUCAUUGGGUUCAGUAUUCUGUUACUGGUGGUCUCCAGUUUGGCUGCUUAUUCUGUUCAUCUCCUGCUGCUCCUCUGUGACAAAACAGGCAUCAGCUCAUAUGAAGCUCUUGGAGAGAUAGCCUUCAGGAGACCUGGCAAGAUUAUGGUGGCCUGUACUAUUCUGAUUCAGAAUAUUGGAGCCAUGUCCACCUACAUGUUUAUCUUUAAGUCGGAACUGCCUGCCGCCAUCACCGGCUUCAUGAACACAGAGGCAUCUGGAAAGUGGUAUGAGGAUGGGGCUACACUACUAAUUUUAGUCACUGUAUUUGUGGUGUUGCCAUUGGCUCUACUUCCAAAGAUAGGUUUCCUGGGAUACACCAGCACUCUCGCUUUCUUCUUCAUGUUAUUCUUUACCAUAGUGGUGGUGAUGAAAAAAUGGUCUAUUCCUUGCCCUCUUCCAAUUAACUCCACCAUGAACCUGAUCUUAAAUACCUCUGAGUGCACCCCACAGCUGUUUGUGAUCUCUAAUAAGAGUGCUUAUGCCAUCCCUACAAUGGCUUUCUCCUUCCUCUGCCAUACUGCAGUUUUACCCAUUUAUUGUGAGUUACACAGACCCACUAAGCAGAGAAUGCAGAAUGUGACAAAUGUCAGCAUCUUUCUUAGUUUCGUGGUUUACUUGAUCUCUGCAAUUUUUGGCUAUCUCACAUUCUAUGCACAUGUAGAUUCUGAACUGCUGCUAGGAUAUGAUACCUACCUACCACGUGAUGUUUUGGUGAUGUCAGUGCGUCUUGCGAUCUUAUUAGCUGUCCUGCUCACUGUGCCGCUCAUUCACUUCCCUGCACGUAAGGCAUUGUUGAUGUUAUGCAGGGGAGAGAGGGAGUUCUCCUGGCUCUCUCAUUCUCUUUCCUGUCUUUUCAUCCUCACUCUUGUGCUGCUGCUCGCCAUUUUCGUCCCUGACAUUAGGAACGUCUUCGGUGUUGUUGGUGCUACGACAUCCACAUGUUUGUUGUUUGUGUAUCCGGGAAUGUUCUUUUUGAAAAUCAGCUCUGAGCCAAUCAGAUCACUGAACUCAGUUGGGGCUGUGUCUCUGUUGGUGAUCGGUCUAAUUGUUGGUGUGCUGAGUCUAUGUGUCAUCAUUGUCUCCUGGGUUCAAGGUCCCUGACCUUUAACUUCAUUAUUGUGGGACCAGUUGCAUGAGUUGUAAGCUCAAUACCUCCUGCCUUGAAGAGAAACCUUAUUUUACAGGUUAUACACCAGUCAGACUCUUAUUUACUAUACCAAAUAUUAUUUAAAAUGGAAAUAGUUUUGAGAUGAGACAACCGUGCAGUUAUGACAUGCUUAUAAAGCACUUAUAACUCUGUUAUAACACUUGAAUAACAAACAAUGCAAUAGACAGGCCCAAUCAAAUGCAUGAUGUGUAGAUAUCCAGUACAGCACUGAAAUUCAUAAUAAUCAAAAAUGAAUGACUGACGAACUCUUGGUCAAGCUCUCAAUCAGACAAGAAAGCUGCUGUGUGGCUUGGAAAAAAACCAUUGAGACCAAUUAAUUAAGGAGUUGUGCUGCUGAUUUAUUUCAAUAGCUAAAUAUGUGGUUUGGGGUAAAUUAAGCUCCCUUCAAUUUACACAGAUGUUUGUUAAUGUAUUGGAACAUCCGUUUGCCUUAAUGACAAACUCUGGUUUAAUGAUUAUGCCACUGCCUUUAAAAGUCAAAUCAGAAUGUGUUGAUGUGGAUUCCAUUGAUGAAGAUCUUUCAAAGCUUUUAGGAUUUAUCUGUAACAUCCCAAAGGUUUUCUGUGAUUUACACAUUGAAUGCAAGUUUAAUUCCUCAUUGAAACAUAUAGAACAGUAAUUUUUUUACAUUGCUACAAUGAUUUAUCUUAUCUGUCCAAGAGGAGAAUAAAGGGAAUUUGAUAUAUAUUUGAUAUUAUGUUGAAAUAAA